GGGUUCUGUUGUGGAGUUGUCGGUGCUCACUACUCAAUGCACAGACGAUGUUUCCCUUAUCAAAUCUUGAAUGCUUAAACACUCCAGGGGUCGAGUACUUCAGUCUCGCGUUCUCUGAACAGAAACAUGAGGAACUUAGGAUCUUGUUCGUGUUCAAUGCGUAUUGUACUUCUCUCUUGUACAUAUGUGUUGAUAUGCUGCAUAACUGUUCAUGUGGAAGGAUUUGAUUCUCUGUUGCAGCUCCCACAAUCUGGGUUACCCAUUACCCGAAUCAGGUCCAAACGGGUCCUCCAUCUCGGUGAUUUUGGUGGCAAAGGAGAUGGUAUUCAUAAUGAUACUGGGGCUUUCAAGCAUGCUUGGGACAUUGCUUGUUCUUUCCCGUUGCGAACACAAAUUGUUAUUCCUUUUGGAUACACCUUCCUGAUAUAUCCUACUGAUAUUUCUGGUCCAUGUAAAUCAAAGGUCACUUUGCGGGUAUCUGGAACAAUUGUUGCUCCCAAAGAUCCUGAUGCAUGGAAUGGUUUAAAUCCUCGAAAAUGGCUAUACUUCCAUGGGGUGAACCACCUUACCAUGGAAGGGGGAGGGAAAAUAAACGGAAUGGGGCAGAAGUGGUGGGCUCGGUCUUGCAAGAUCAACGCAACAAAUCCUUGUCGACGAGCUCCAACGGCCAUUACCUUUCAUCGAUGCAAGAACUUGAAAGUUGACAACCUUAUGCUGGUCAACAGCCAGAAAAUGCACAUUGCAUUUACUAAUUGUGUCCGGCUUAAGGUAUCUCGUCUCAAAGUGAUAGCACCAGCUGCAAGCCCUAAUACUGAUGGAAUUCAUAUAAGUUCAUCCCGUGGUGUUGAGGUCAAGGAUAGCAUAGUCAGAACAGGAGAUGACUGCAUCUCUAUAGUUGGCAACUCUUCGCAGAUCAAAAUCAGAAAUUUUGCGUGUGGACCUGGCCAUGGGAUAAGUAUUGGAAGCUUGGGAAAGUCGAAUUCUACAUCAUGUGUGCAUGAUGUAAUGGUUGAUCAAGUUUUCCUGUCUAAUACGGAUAAUGGAGUGCGGAUUAAAACAUGGCAGGGAGGCAGUGGUAAUGUCACCAAGAUUCAGUUCCAGAAUGUGCUCAUGGAAAAUGUAUCAAAUCCAGUUAUUAUCGAUCAAUAUUAUUGUGAUUCACCGCUGCCAUGUGUAAACCAGACUACGGCCGUUAAAGUCGAGAAUAUAUCCUUUGUGCACAUAAAAGGUACUUCAGCUACAGAGGACGCUAUAAGAUUUGCUUGUAGUGACAGCUUGCCAUGUGAAGGUUUAUAUCUAGAAGAUAUUCAACUGGCGUCGUCCUCUUCGACGGUGGCAAAAUCUUUCUGCUGGGAAGCUCAUGGCUCGAGUCUUGGUCCUAUGUAUCCUCCUCCUUGCUUCUGCAAUGACAGCAUUAUUAAGCUGAAUGUCCUGUCCGAUGCUACUCUUCAAUCCUUAUGAAUAGAGGUUUGCACGACAGCACUUCUCCCUCAGUUAGAUAAUAUAUUGUCACAAUACACAGGUAUCCAUGUAUAUAUUGUGCAUAGGUAUCACUAGUACCGUUGGAUGGCGUGAAGUCUUAUCAGAUUUGAUAUCUAACCGAGACAGAUGAAUGAGAAUUUAUGGAUCUCCAUGAUUCUCAAUAUCCGAUUGAUCAACGGAUUACCUUAUGAACAAUAUUAGAUGGAAAAUCUAAUUCAAUUAAGUAUCCAUGCUAAACAAGUUUUGGGUUCAAUCAAGAAGAUGACAGUUAUGGAUGGUCGAGGUUAAAGAAGUUGAAGAACUCAAAACAAAAUGGCAAAGCAUUGAGAACAACUCAACCUGCCUAUCUCGUUGUUCAUUGAUGCCGAUGACAUAGAAGUAGCAAAAGAAAGAGAGCAAAAAACACACGUCUCUCCAUUAUUUUUGACAUAGUCAUGUUGCUAUCUUCUGAUAAUGGAGAGGUAGGUGUUUCUUGCUCCAUAUUUCUUUUUGCUGCUUCUAUGUCAUUAGCAUCCAUGACGGUCACGAAUAUUCAUCUUCCAUCUCUUACUGUCAUCUUAUUGGUUGAACCCAAAACUUGUUUAGCAUGGGUACUUAACUGGAUCAGCUUUCUUUCCAAUUAGCGAAUAAAAUGUUUUGCUGUUUUGCUGUGCUGCAGAGGUGAUUGAAGCCAGUCAUACAUUGUUUUGAGCUUCUCAAAAUGUGUAUAUACAACUUUUGAUGUUUUAUUCUUGCCUUGUAGGCCACAUGCCUAUUGUUUUGAGCUUCUCAAAAUCUGUAUAUACAA